UCUUUUACGUCAACACGUGUGCGGACUUGUAGCGUCAGUCCAGCUCAGUUCAGUACAUCCAUGAGUUUAGUACGUGAAUAUUUGCACGCUCGCAGUUUAAAGGAAGAAACACCGAGAGGGGGUUGCCUUUGCUUUUUACCCCAUGCAGACAUGCUUUCAAACUAGGAUCUAUCGAGCGAUGAGGACUCCUCUACAUCCCCUCAGAGAAGCAGGAGGGCUGGGCUUCACUUUUUGACGGUCUGACUCUGUGGGGAUUGUGCAAAAGUUACCAGAACAUUAAAGGCAAAGCUGCUUUUUGUAACACUGAUGCAACACAGAGUGGAUUUCUGAUUUAAGGAAGCAUGAUUUUGAGGAAAAUACAACCAGGAGCCUGCAGAGCAUGGUUGUCUCGGGUUUCCGUGAGGCAGGAGCUGUGUUUCUUCUCCUCCGUGCCCUCCCAGCCGGUGCCCCCUCUGGCCGAGACCCUGCAGGGCUACCUGAGGGCCCUGGAGCCCCUGCUGCCCCCCGAGGAGCUCAGCCACACCCGGAGGAUGGUGCAGGAAUUCGGGAGGCCGGGCGGCCUCGGUGCACAGCUGCAGGAGGGGCUGGAGAGGAGAGCCAGACACACCAAGAACUGGGUCUCACCCUGGUGGGUGCAGUGGGCGUACUUGGAGAGCAGACAGCCGCUGCCUGUGCACUCAAACCCAGCCAUCUCUCUGCCCAGGAGAGAUUAUAAUGGCUGGAGGAGCCAGCUAGUGUUUGCAUCUAAACUGAUAGCAGCAGUUCUGGACUUCAAGGCCAAAAUCAACACCGGCCAGCUGCCGGUCGAGUACAUGCGAGGGAAGCCUCUCUGCAUGGAGCUCUACCCGCUCCUCUUCUCCUCAUGCAGGAUCCCCGGCCCCAAACACGACUACAUCGCCCACCACGGCCGCUCCCGACGCUCGCCAACACACAUCACAGUCGUCAGGAACUACCAGUUCUUCCAGCUGGAGGUUUACAACAGCGACGGCUCUCGGAUGACGGAGAGUCAGAUCCACAGCCAGCUGCUGAGGAUCAGGUCUCAGUCCUGGAAGACGGACAAAGAGCCGAUGGGCAUCCUGACCAGCGAGCACCGUCACACGUGGGGACAGGCCUACAACCGCCUGCUGAGAGAUAAACUAAACAAGGAAUCAGUUCGGCUGAUAGAGACGGGACUUUUCUCCUUGUGUUUGGAUUCUCCAGUCAUGAGGAUAUCAGAUGAGAAGUACGCCAGCCGUAAGGCAGCGCAGGUUCUGCAUGGAGGCGGGACGUUCUCCAACAGUGGUAACCGCUGGUUUGAUAAAACGCUGCAGUUUGUGGUGGGCGAGGACGGCUCAUGGGGUCUUCUGUAUGAACAAGCCAUAGCUGAGGGUCCGCCCAUAGCAACGCUGCUGGAUCAUAUCCUGGAGUACUGUGAGAAACCAGACCCAAAGAGAGCGCCGCUGGUCCCUCUACCGAUGCCCAAGAAGCUUUACUUUCACAUAGACCGAGAAAUUAAAAGGGACAUAGAGCACGCCAAGCAGAACCUCGAUAUACUGAUCAACGACCUCGACGUGAACGUGUUCAACUUCAAGAGGUUUGGCAAGGAGCUUCCCAAGCAGCACAACAUGAGUCCGAACGCCUUCAUCCAGGUCGCCCUGCAGCUCGCCUACUACAGAGUUCACAGUGAAGUCUGUGCUGCCUGUGAUAUUGUCUCUCAGCGGAUGUUUCGAGGAGGAAGGACAGAAUAUAUCCGCUCGCCCACAAAUCAGACGCUCAAGUUCAUUCUCGCCUUUGAUGAUCCAUCUGUAUCGCGGGAAGCAAAGCUACAGCUAUUCAGAGAAGCUGUUGAUGCCUAUGCAGCUCUGACUAAUCAGGCACUUAAUGGACACGGCAUUGACCGCCACCUGCUGGGGCUCAAGCUGCAGGCCAUCGAGGAAGGACUCAGCAUUCCCAAAAUCUUCAUGGAUACAGCUUACGGCCUGGCAACACACUGGAAACUCCGAACAGGGCAGGUGCCUGCGAACACAGACAGCGUGAUGUGUUUUGGGCCCCUUGUUCCCGACGGUUACGCCAUUUGCUACAACCCCCAGGCCGACCACGUCCACUUCUCCAUCACCGCCUUCAACUGCUGCGAGGAGACACAUGCAGCAACAUUAGCGCGCACGCUAAAGGACACCUUGUGUCAGCUGCAGGAGCUACUGCAGCCUACUGUGUAGAGCUGCUCCUGUCCAACAGCAUAAACCCACUCUUCUACACCUGGAAAAAAACAACAUUUUGUAGAAGUCUUGAUGAGGCUUGUUUUUGACAUGGAUGUUUUCAUGCGCACGCUUCACUUGAGCGGUUAAAUCUGAGAUAGUAUUGAAGACACAGUGUGUCUGAGGUGCUUUUGAUGCAGCAAUAAAUCAUUUUCCUUUUCUAGCAAGAGCUGAGCAAGCAAGAUGCAUUAUAGUUGCUACAGUGGAUGCACUUGGAGGCAGCUAAUGCUACAAUAUAUCUGGGUGAAAGCAAAACAAAGUUAAAACCAGCCUGACACUCCAUCAUUAAUCAGAACAAGCCAAAAACAUGUGUGUGUAAACUGACUGCACUCCUUUCACGAGCCAUGAGAUGACCAGCAGCCUCUAUUGAGAAUAAACAUGUUUCAUGUGUUGCACUGCUGUCAGUUAAUUGACAAAUGUUUAUGGAAACCAUUGAUUUUGUAGCGUAACAAGUCUGUUUUGAAAUGGACCAAACGCCAGAAAGCUGGUUAUUAAUGGUGACAGUGCAUGUAUGUAUUUACUGUAUUUUGAGAUGAAAGUGAAAAGGCUUUGGUCCCCUUGCUGGGGCGUGUUGAUCUGCUCUCAAUCUGCAGGACUGGUUAAUAAAGCCUGUUAUCACAUGA